AAAGCUCGCAGCCGUAUAUUGUGGGGUCCUUCAGCGACAGACUGCUGCUUUCUCUGGACAGCAUCUUCGUCAAUGGCGGAUUACGAUAACUACGAGGACCGGGACCGGGCUUACGGGAGCUUCGGCGGGGGGAGAGGACCCCGAGGCGGCGGCGGCGGCGGUGGCCCAGGCGGACCCCGAAAGCAGAAGGAGCUUCCCACAGAGCCGCCCUACACGGCGUACGUCGGCAACCUGCCCUUCAACACAGUGCAAGGAGACAUAGAUGCCAUCUUCAAAGACCUCAGCAUCAGGAGCGUUCGACUAGUGCGAGACAAAGAGACCGACAAGUUCAAAGGUUUCUGUUAUGUAGAGUUUGACGACUUGGAAGCUCUAAAAGAGGCUUUGACAUAUGAUGGCGCUCUGCUAGGGGACCGAUCUUUGAGGGUGGAUAUCGCAGAGGGCCGAAGGCAAGAACGUGGCGCCGGAGGCUUCGGCUUCCGGAAAGACGACAGAGGCCGUGGUGGCUCCCGUGGGGCCAGAGGAGGGGGACAUGAAUCCAGAGAUGACUACGACCAGUCUGGAGGAGGUGUGGCGUGUGAACUGGGAUUUAGAGAUGAGGACUUUGUGGGUGGGAGGAGUCGAGGAGGCGGUCGCCCUGGCGACAGAAGGGGGGGCGGAGGAGGCAUGGGACGCUUCAGAGAUGGACCUCCUCGCGGAGGCCAGGCAGACUUCAGAGAACCCUCUGACGAGGAAAGAGCGCAGAGACCAAAGCUACAGCUGAAGCCGCGUACAGUGGCAGCUCCCCUUAACCAAGUGGCCAACCCCAACUCUGCCAUCUUUGGGGGUGCCAAACCCAGGGAGGAGAAUUAGUAUCUGUGUCAGUGUGGCUGCAUUAUUCCGGAAGGCUUUUCUGGAUUCUACUGGCUUUGAUCACCAUAAAAUCUUUCAAAGACUUCAGUGACACGCAGGCAGGGGCACGAGGUGCUGGUCUCCUCUCGAAUCCAAACGAGCCCUCAUCCGAUUGGCUUAAAAAAGGACGUGGAGGUGGGGGCUCUAGAAAGGGGCGGGGCUCAGUCUUAACUCCGCCUCUGCCUGUCCACGCUGGCUCCUCCCACACGCCUCAAAGAACCCAAACUUGGAGGACAAGCAUCUCCAGGUUGAUUGCGUUUAAGGACUUCGACAUCUCUUUCCCUUCCCAAAGUACCUUUUGUGUUUUUGAAUUUGUAGACACGCGGACGUAAUUGCCGCCGUGUCCUUUUUAUAUUUUGCUCUUUACAUUUCUUUGCUGUAUUUGAGGAUUAAAAGGUUGAGCUUGAUUCUUAAUUAAACCAUUUCAAAGUGAAGAGCU